AUGGGGAACGCUGUCCUGGAACACCUUCGGGAUAGCUUCUUCGCUGACGAGCCGUUGAACAAAGCGGUCGGGCUGUGUGAGCGAGGACAGCCGCAUGCUGCAUUGGAGAGGCUUUGCACUGCGACUAUGACCGAUGGGUUAUCCAUCGCAGUGGUUGACGGCGACACGAUUUUCAGAAUACUGUACACGGUGAGCCAUGACCUGGAUCUAUUCAACACGUACCAAGUGGAACGCAUCCUCGAGUGCAGAAUCAUAUCAGUGUCCGAUAAAGCCCGCGGCCGAGGGUUCGCCAAGGAACUUAUGAAACGGAGUAUCGAAAUCGCCAGGGAACACCAAUUUAAGCUGUUCAAAGUGGACGCAACAGGCGCUUUUUCGCAACGCAUUUGCAGCAGCCUGGGUUUACGUGUGUUGCACAAAGUGCGUUACGCAGAGUACUGUAACGAAGCAGGCAAACCCGUUUUCAAUGUCCUUCCUCCCCACGAUUCGCUCUGUGUCAUGGUCCUAGAAAUACCAUAA